GGAGUCGUCCUUGAGGAAUUCCUGACGCCAGUGGAAAUUUUGAGUUCCAGGUCUCAAGAAUAGAGGAGCAACACACUUGAAUCGUAAUUUAGACGCAGCUCUUCCCGGAGUGUUUCGGCGGACUUUUAAGGCAAAGGUAACGGAGAAUUCAAUGAGUUCUGCGGACGACCGACGUAACGUCAGAGCUGGAUACAGACAUGGAGGGGCAACGGUGCAGGGAUGCGUCCAGAACGUCCAUUCCUCUCACCCGUCUCUGAAUGAUUCACUGGACGAAGAAAUUCAGGCCUUCCUCACUGAUGAAGACCAACUCCACACUUAUGAUGACCUCACCAAAGUCAACCCGGUGACCCCAACAACAGUGCUGAAAUGCCUGCAGGCCAGGUACAGUGUGAAGGUGUUUUACACCCAUGCUGGCUGCACCUUGAUAGCUCUGAACCCCUUCCAGCCCGUUCCAGAUCUCUACUCUCUGGAUGUGAUGAAGGAGUAUCACUACGCUUCCCAGCCGCAGGAAUUCAAACCACACAUCUUUAUUGUGGCAGAAGAAGCCUACAGGAACAUUCAGGGUCAGCUGGAGCCCGUGAACCAGUCCUUGGUGGUCAGCGGAGAGAGUGGUGCAGGAAAGACAUGGACGUCUCGUUGCCUGAUGAAGUACUACGCCACUGUGGCGGCUUCCUCCUCAGUGAUGAAGAGUCAGGACACAGUAGAGAGGAUAGAGAAGAGAGUGCUGGACUCCAACCCCAUAAUGGAAGCUUUCGGCAACGCAUGCACACUGAGGAACAACAACAGCAGCCGCUUUGGAAAGUACAUCCAGCUGCAGCUGGACAGGUGUCAGUUGUUAGUCGGUGCGUCAGUGCAAACAUAUUUGCUGGAGAAGACCAGAGUGACCUGCCAGCCUGCCAGCGAAAGGAACUUCCAUGUCUUUUACCAAAUGAUGAAAGGUGCCACAGAUGAGCAGAGGAAGGAGUGGAAGAUGCCACAUGACCAGCGUUUUGCUUGGCUGCCAAAUUCAGAAAAAACAAUUGAAGAGGACUGUUUUGAUGAGACUGUGGAAGCAAUGGUUCAUCUGGGCAUCCAUGCAGAGAGACAACAACAAAUAUUUAGGAUAUUAGCAGGGAUUCUGCAGUUGGGGAAUGUGAGUUUCUCCUCUACAACAGAUGAAUCACAUCCUUGUAACCUCGGUGGACAGUCCAAAGACUUCUUGCAGAGGGCUGCUGAGCUGCUGUGUGUCCCUGCUGAGGAGCUUCAGACGUGUUUAAGAGUGAGGACUCUGAAGGCGGGGAAGCAAAGUGUGCUGAAGCCCUGCUCCCAGGCAGAGUGCAGCGUGAGGAGAGACUGCCUGGCCAAGCUCAUCUACGCACAGUUAUUUGAAUGGCUGGUUACGUUCAUCAACAACAGCAUAUGUGCAGACAAAUCCAUGUGGUGCAACUUCAUAGGAGUCCUGGAUGUGUACGGCUUCGAGUGUUUCCAGAUCAAUAACCUGGAGCAGCUGUGCAUCAACUACGCCAACGAGAAACUGCAGCAGCACUUUGUGGCCCAUUAUCUCAGAGCUCAGCAGGAGGAAUAUGUGUCGGAGGGGUUGCAGUGGUCUUUUAUCAAAUAUCAAGACAACCAGAGUUGUUUGGAUCUUAUAGAAGGAAGCCCUGUCAGUGUGUUCUCUCUUCUGAAUGAGGAGAGUCGCCUCAAUAGAGUCUCAGACGCAAAAAUGUUCAGGGUUCGUUUGGAGAAGGAGCUCUGUGAUAAUGCCAACAUCAGCUGGGAUAAAUUCAGCAAGGUGCCACACUUCACUGUGGCGCAUUAUGCUGGCAAAGUAAACUACCAGAUAGAGGGCAUGGUGGAGAAAAAUAAGGACCCAGUGCCAGCGGAGCUCAUCAACCUGCUCGAGAAGUCUGACAACCCCCUGCUUCGCGAGAUCUUCACUGACAAGACAACUGAGAAUCCGACGAACAGAGGUCUCAGUAAGGUCACUGUGGUCUCCAAGUUCAAGAACUCGCUGGAGAGCCUGAUGAAAAUCCUUCACACCACAACUCCUCACUACACUCGCUGCAUCAAACCCAACCCCGACUGCAAACCGCUGACCUUCAAGAAGGAGGAGGUUAUCAUGCAGCUGGAGGCCUGUGGGAUCGUUGAGACGAUUCAUAUCAGUGCUGCUGGCUUUCCAAUAAGAAUUCCUUUUGAAAGCUUCAUGCAGCGUUACGGACUGAUUGUAAAAUAUUCAAAAGCAGGGAGUCACAGUGUUGAUUUGGAGGCUGACAGCAGUGACGCUCUUCAGCUAGAGGUGAAGAAGCUUCUCGCUGUGGCGUUACACCGUCUUUCCAGUGACAAACACAGUUCAUUGGUGCACUGCGGGAGGACUAAAGUUUUUCUCACCCAAGCAAUGCUUGAUUUGCUGGAGGAUCAGAGGAAGAAGAUCCUGUCUCAGUGCGCCUUCUCCAUUCAGUGCUGCUGGCUGCGGUACCAACGUCGCAGACGCCACACCCGCCGGCAGUCCGCUACUCUGAUCCAAGCAGCGGUGCGGUCCUGGCUGGUCAGGAAAAAGGUGAAGAGAUGGAACAGAGCAGCUGGAGUCAUCCAAAACACCUGGAAGAAGUGGAGGACACUGCUGAAAUCCUUGGCUGAAGCAGAACUUGAUGAUGCAAAGGAUGUUGUGGAAGAGGAGGCGCCAGUAUUGAACCCUGUGGUCAGGGAACGGGGCUCGGUGCAGCUCUCCACCAUCCCAGAGCCUGUCCCAGUGAGAGGGUGGCCCAUGGGCCUGGCUCUGGCCUCGGCCCCGUCCAUCACCGUCUCUUUGACAGCCACAGGCUUUCAGAAGAUGAUGUCCGCCGUGGCUUCCCUCAACCUGCCAUCCAGGAGAGGGCAGUACAAGGUGAAGACCAACCAGUGCACAGAGGAGCUUGCCUCCAUACGAGCCCAACCCAAGGGAUCUAUAAAGCUGCACUGUCAGCGAUCUCCACUUCUCUAUGCUGACAGACUCCCAGACCUGAAGAAGGACGUGACAGGGUUCAAUGAGAUCCUGCUAGAGAAAACUUUGUAAGAGUUCCCUCUUUGCAAAACACUAAUUCCACUAAAAGAUAAUCAGGCACAGAGGUACUUUUGCAUUUGAGCAGCUGUUUUAUCUCUAAUCCGACACAGAGGGACCAGAUCAGGUAUUUUAUGCUGCCACUAAACAUGUUUUUGCAACUAAUUUAUAACACUAAUGGUUUUGUUUUUAAGAAUGUCCAAGUUUUAUUUUGUCCCCUUUGUGCGUGCAGGGAUUUGCAAAAGCCUGCACUCUUGUGUAGUAAUAUUUUAACAGGGGGUCAUGUAAGAUGAUGCAGUGUUAACUUCUCAUAAAUCCUCUGUAGUGGCCUUUAGGUUCCAGAGACUCAAAAAUCAUCGCAGUCAGUAGAUGCACUGUCCUCUGCUACACUUCAGUCAGGGUAGGAGAGAUGUUCUCUGCCAUUUCUGGAAUAUGUGCCAUUUGUCGCACAUAUAGUUGCAGUUAUAAUGAUGUAAGUGCAGGACAGACAAACAUUAUCAUCACUCAUUUUAAAAUCAUUAUUUGUUUUUCUUUUGAACUGAAAAUAUGUGGCACAAUCUUAGCACCUUAUAACUAGAGGACAGCAGGUUUUUAUCUCAUUCCUGUCUCUUUGGAACAUCUCAUAGUUAUCCAAGUAUUAGGCCUUGUGGCAAGUGCCUUUCUAGAAAAUCUACACUCAGAUCACAAAUGAGCUGUUAGUUGUACAUGUAUUUAUCUCGGUGAUUGUAUCUGACUUCAUAGGCUAAUUUUGGGUGUGAAAAAUAUAUGAUUCAGCUGCACAUAUGAUUUAGAUUUUAACAUUCAGCAUUUGCUAGUGUGGUUUUUAUGCUCGAGAAAAUUAAGCAAGUAUUGCACAUGUAAGCACGAAUUGCACAUUGAAAGCACACACCUGCUCACAGAGCAAGAGGCAGACAAACAGAUGUAACAAGCAGACACUUCGCCGGUGUGAACAGGGAAAGGACGAAGCCGUGGUUUUUCAAAAUGCUGCUCUUUGUUUGAAAAAGGGUCUUUUGUAAUACGCACAUCAGCAAGUUAUCUGACUAAAGCGCUUUGUGUGGAUUUUUAUCCAAAGCAAUGCCAGUACUGUACGACAUACCAAAGUCUUUUUACGCUACAGUGUUUGUGUGGGAGAACGGACUUGAUUGUCUUUUAACUGAACUUGUUUUUUUUUUAGCUGUCAAGUUUUAUGAUAUUCACAAUGUUAACAGAAACAGUGCAUGUAACUUAACACUCAUAUUUAUUCUCCGAGCUUUAAUCGUACAUGUUCCCUUCAGGAACAGCGUUGUCAUUUCUUUGGUGU